AUGCCUCCACGAAGAGCUGUCAAAGGUCGUCCUGCUAGGCGGAAUGCUGAAGAGCAAGGGGUACCCAAUGCACCUGAAGUGCAACCCCAAGGAGAAGUCACCAAUGCUGAGUUCAGGGAAGCGAUAAGAAUGUUGAGUCAAUAUGCUCCAAAAAUUGUUGCUGACAUGAGGAGCAGAAUGAGUUUGUUUGUUACUGGGCUGUCUCGUCUGUCGAGUAAGGAAGAGAAGUUUAGAAACAAGAAAGCGAAGACAGGAAAUGAGUCCGGGCAGCAAAGAGAUAAUGUGAACUGUUCGUCCUUUCGACAAAAGCAAAAGGGACCUGCUCCAUCAUCUACUAGUGCACCGGCACCUAGAAAUAAAAGUGAGUACAAUAGUCAGAAUUCACAGCAUUUCAGAGCUAGACCUACCCAAUCUUAG